CACGAUGAUUGGGCGGGGAUCUGUUGUUUGGUAAUAGUACUUAAAAGUUACACAAACAUUUCACGGUUUUGUAACGCAUGCAUUAUAUUCAGUUUGAUUGCUGCUCGCUUUAUUGACUCACUCAUGUCAUCUUAGAUUUUAUUGGACUGAACAAACCGAGCACUGAAACAUUAUUUUUAUCUGAAAAAAUUAAUCGAGGUAUUUUUCUUGUAAAUUGCGCUACGACGACAGACGACAUACUCGUUGAAAUGAGGUCAGCCCAUCAUGAAAAUUAAAUAAAACAAGCAGGAUUUCAUUUUAAUGAAGUAAGUAGAUAAAAGCGCAUCGGAUUUUUCACCAAACGUCUAGACGCGCGCGCGGUUCUGGUACUUGUAGUGACUACAAAAGAGGGGCGCGCAUUGUAAAUAUGGAGUUGAAUUCUGUGAUUUUCACCACUGGAGCAUCUGUGGGAUUUUUUAAAUUAGUAAACUAUGGGUUCGGCAAACUUCCAGUACCAGAGACGGCUCAGAGAAACACUUGGAAAUGGAGAAACAUCUUAACGUCUUUUGUACACAGCAUCAUUACUGGAGUGUUGUCUGUGCUCUGUUUUUUCAUACACCCCAAGAUGGCUGAGGAUUUGAUAGAGACACACUCCGUUUUAUCACACGCCUUAGUAGCUGUAUCAAUCGGGUAUUUUAUUUAUGACUUUUUCGAUAUGGUCCUGAAUCAGAAGAUAGGUCAAUCAUGGGAGCUACUUUUCCAUCAUGUAGUGGUGAUCACCUGUUUCGGGAUCUCGGUGCUAAGCUGUCAGUAUGUGGGCUUUGCAGUCGUGGCGCUGCUGGUGGAGAUCAAUUCCAUCUUUCUGCACCUCAGGCAAGUUCUGCGCAUGGCAAACCUGGCCAAAACGACCCUGUACCGCAUCAACAGCAUGAUAAACCUGGGCACGUACGUGGUGUUCCGCAUCAACACUUUGGCCUGGAUGACCCGCUGGCUAGUGCUAAACCGUGAACGCAUCCCCCUGAUCAGCUACACCGUCGGCAGCGUGGGUUUGGCCAUCAUGACCGCCAUAAACAUUGUGCUGUUUUACCGGCUAAUGAGAAGCGACUUCAUGAAGUCCAGCCGUGAAAAGGAAGUGAAGAAGGAUAAGGAGAUGUAGACAGAAGUGUCUUGCCUUCCUCAACUACUCCCAGCUCCAACCAAAUUCACUAUCUUUCCUUUGGGUUGCAAGCAUCUGAUUGGACAGAUGUCUGUUGUUUUCUAUCAUUUAGAAACCUUUAUAUUGAUAUCAUUCUGCUCAUCCUAGUCAUUAUAUACUGGCUCGCUGACUAGAUCAGAAGUCGUAGCCAUUUUGACUCCAUCUUAUGCAGACCUCAAGCUGUGCUAAGACAUUAUGGUGGCUGUUGUCACAUGUUUACAUGCUCGGAUACUUCUGCAUGGAUAGAUCUCAUCAGUCUUAAACCUGUUAUUCAAAGGAACUGGAUUUACUCUUGUUGUUAGUAAUAUCUAAUUAUAUACUAAUGCUCAUCUGCCCCACUCAAUUUAUAAAUGAUGCUAUAAGCAACGAAUCAGCUGAAUAGGAAUAGAAGCAUGUGAUAUAUAAUAUAUUUACCCAUGGUUAGACCGUAAGUUUAUUUAUUAUAAUUGCAGCUAAGCUGAAGAUGUAUUUGGCCUUAUUACACUUACACCUGAUACCUCAUGAACUUGUAGCUUGGGGCAGUUAUUAUCAUUAGCUAUAAUCCUGUAUGCGGACGUUGGAUCUGUUUAAAUGACACAUUCCUUUUUUGCUACUUACUAGAAAAUAAUACAGUUAAAUGCAGUGAUCAUGGAUAGGAAGUACCCAGUGUUUUUGUACUGUAUGACUUAAUAUGGUCAACUUGACUGUAAUCUUGCCCUGUGGAUAAAUAUCACUUAUUUUCGGUUAAUAUGCUCAAGUGAAGGAUCUAAUAUCGGUGCUGGAGCCAUCACCAUAAGUACCAGGAUUAAAAACACUCCUGUUGAUUUGUGUGGUCAUCAUUAAUAAAAUAAUAAGUGUGAGAAUUGAGAUCUAAAAGCUCAUGUCUGUUUUGAGAGGCAAAUGACUGUCAUUACAUUAGCCUGCCUGUAGGUGACACUACAAACACACAACAGUGACCUCAUGUUAGCGUAUGAAGAUAAUGGCUAAAGCUUCACUUAUAUUAAAUUAAAAUGUAUAAACCUGUGUUUUGUACAUUUGUAAGUUAUUUUUACUCAUUGUCUGUGAUAAGUUGCUGUGGUUAGCAAAAAAGAUACCUUUUAAAAACACAAUGAGAAAUGGCAGAACACUGGCUUGUGCAAAAUUAUGUUGUGGGUGGUAAACAAAGAUAGCCUGAAGUAUUUGUAUAGCCUUAUUCUAAUGCCAUUGAGAUUGUAGAUCAAAGUCUAAUCGUUAUUUGAUUGGAUAGGUGUGGCUUCUUUGUACAGUGGGAAAACUAACCACAUGUAGCAUCACCGACUUGUGCCACAAAACUAUUCCUUUAAAAGCAACAUAGCUAAUCAUAAGGAUGUUUUAUUCAGAUUUAUAUUUAGAAUUAUUAUAGAUUGACAGAGUUUUGCAAGAUGAUGAUGAUGAUGAUAAUAAUAAUGGCUUAAUUUUAAUCGCAUUAAACCUUUUCAAAAAAGGUUUGCACUGAAGUUGUACAGUUUUUAAGCUAAUUCACUAUUGGCAGCUUCAUUAACACGAAUGAAUGAAAUAACAGAAAUAGCAUGUGCUUAUACAAAUUGUGUCAUUGUUUGUAAAUUGAGAGAAACCAUGUGACAACUUUUUGGAUCAUUUCAGUAAUAUGUUUAUAUUUUGUGUGUUGUGUUUGGUGAAAGAUAUGCUACUGUUAUGUUGUGGAUCAGAUUUUUGAGCAAAAAGUGUUGCUGUGUCAAAAGCCACAUGUAAUUAGAUCCAAACAUUAUUGGUGUGUUAAAGUGAAAACAAAACUACACAUAAACCUUUCUAGUUGUAUGAUGAGCAAAGACCCUGAAGAGCAAAAUGAAAGGAAAUUUUAACUUUUUUUAGUCUCUGGCUAGAUGUUUUAAUUUGUUUAAUUUCAGUUUGGGUUUUAUACAAUUGUGUCUAAAAUGUAAAUAAUAUUUUAUUUUUGUUUGGAUGAAUUUUGAGUUUUGUAAUUAAUAUAAAACAAUCUGUAUAUGACCUUUAUAUUGGUAAUUGUGAAAUAAAAUAUUGUUAACACCA